AGAAGUAUAAACGGCUGAUGGAUGCUGCUGAAAAAGGUAAUAUAGAUAUAGUCGAAAAUCUUAUUCAGAAUGGAGCAAAUGUGAAUGCUGAGGAUGCAUGGAAUACAACACCACUUCACAGAGCAACAUUGAAUGGUCACACCGAUGUAGUUAAAUAUCUCGUCGAACACGGCGCCAAUAUUAAUUUCGAAGAUAAACUCAAAAGAACACCACUCUUCUGGGCUGCUUAUAAGGGUCAUACCGAAAUAGUCAAAUACCUAAUUGAAAAUAGAGCCAUUGUGAAUGUUGAAGAUAAAAACAAAUGCACUCCACUCUACUGGGCUGCCAAUAAUGGUUUCUCAGAAAUAAGCAAAUAUCUAGUUGAACAUGGUGCGAAUUUAAAUGCUGAAAAUGCAGAUAAAGAAACGCCACUUCAUGCGGCUAUUAAAUGGGGUUACACAGAAAUAAUCAAAUAUCUAGUCGAAAAUGGUGCGAGUGUAAAUGCCGAAAAUAGAAAUAAAGAAACGCCACUUCAUAAAGCUGCAAAGAAGGGUCAGACCGAAAUAGUCAAAAUCCUAUUUGAUAAAGGGUCUAAUUUGAAUGCCAGAGAUAAAUGGAAUGAAACCUCACUUCAUAAGGCGGUUUAUAAUGGUGAAAUAGAAACAGUCAAAUAUCUAGUCAAUCAUGGUGCAAACUUAACGGUUCAAAAUAUUGAAGGUGAAACUCCACGUUCAAAAGCUUUCCACCUAAGUCGCCAGGAAUUAGUUGAAUUUCUAUUGGAAAAGGAAUUAGUUGAAUCUCUAUUGGAAAAGGAGAAAAAUGAAAAGGAAAAAACGCAGGCGCUGAGAACUCAGAAAAAAAAUAAUCUUUGAUUGUGCUUUCAUCCUAUUACGUACAUAUAAUUUUUUUUUUAGAUUAUAACGACGCAUUUUUUUUUAGUAAAGUCAUAAAUUCUUCUUUCAAACUUAACGAAAACAAUCAGACGUAAUGUUGAAGUAAAAUUUUCGAAAUUCUUCAAAAAUAUUUAAAAUAUAUUUUUUCUUGUUUGAAUGAAACACAAAUAAGUCAAAUGUUUUACGGUUUCAUAAUCAAAUCUCAACGAUUUUUGUUCAAUUUUAUCGCUUUGUUUAUCAAAAUAAAUAUUGCACGGAUAUCAUAA